AUGGUUACCCAUUCUGGAGUCUCCUUUGUCGGCGGGACACCAAACCUCCCACCUACUGCGCAGGGACCAAAAGAUGCGGAUGAGGAGAGAAUUUGGAAGCAGCGUUUCUUCAACGACGUUGAGAGAGCUGGCACACCUCCAAGCCCAAUUGAGAUCUUCAACAGUGAUGUUGCAUUUUAUGGGCGACCUAACACAGGAAAGCGAAACUGGUUUUCGAAUCAAUUCCACAACCAUGCCAAAAAACCCGAGCAUCUCAGGAAGUAUCAUUUUCUUUUGAAGAAGCUCAAUAUCCAGCCUUCUCAAAGUACAAAGAAUCGGGUGAUGGCUGCAAAUUCCACAAACGAAGAGUCUCGGACACCAUUGAUGACACAGCAAAGACCUUGGGCACCAGACUCUUUUACUACGGCUAUCAACAAGACGAACGGAAGUGCCUUUGACAUCGGCUCGUCUGCAUCAUUGACCGUGUCCGCAGCUUACUUCAAUUUUCGGGCACACUUCAACGGCUCAUCCCCGCUUCGUCCGGAUCUGAUCUUUGUUGAAAAGGGUCAAACUUGCUAUGGAACCGCACCAUUCAAGAUCGUAUGGAAUAGCGUCAUCAAGAAAAACGGAAGGAAGGUGCAAGGCUACACUAUCUGGUUUCUUGGAGAGAAAGAUCAAAUACGGAGGUGCAUCCAGAUGGUACCUGAUGGCAUCCCCAUGGUUUGCAUGCCCUACAAAGGCAGCAUCGUUUCUGUCAAAGUCCCCACCUUUUCCCAUUCAUACAAGAACAUGAUUGACAAUGUGAUAAAAAAAAGCACCACGUAUGAGCAAGAUCCCGAUUCCUACGAAACCUUGCUUGCAACCAAGUUAAGAGUUGAAGAAGACCCAGAACUACAGUGGUCCUAUUACUACCUUCUAUUCCCAAUGAAUCAGAAACUGGAUAAUCGAAUUCUUUCUGAGAAGGACAAUGAAGGCAAACAUCUUGAUUUGGAGGUCCUCCCAAAUGGUUACCAAGAUAAAGAAGAAGGCAUUUUUUUCUUCUCUGGAGUGUGCAAGUCCAGAAUUGCUGUAUCUGAAUAUUUUUCCCCGACGGAAGCUCCUCCACAUUUCGCUUGCUGA